UUUUCCAAGUGUAAAUCAUGUAUAUACGAAUCAGGUCAUGCUCUUCCUUAUUAUGGUGUGACUUUUCAUCCUGACAACCUUAGAUAUAUGAUUGUGAUGCCAUUUUUGCCAAAUCGCAAUUUUAGAGAAUAUUUGAAACAUCCUGAUAAUUUUAAAUCUUUUACUUGGUCACGCAGACUUAGUAUGCUACAUACCCUUGCAAAUGAGUUGGCAAAUUUACAUAAAUUAGGAAUAGUUCAUAAGAAUUUACAUCCAAAUAAUAUCUUGAUUGGCAAGGAUAUUGAAGAUCCGAUUAUCUCUGAUGUUGGUUUAAUGCCUCAAUUACCUUAUAAAAAUUCAUCUGACGAGUACGUUGUUCAUGGUGUUCUUCCUUAUAUUGAUCCCAUGGUUAUUGCUGGUUCGGAUUUCUCCUCAAAAUCUGAUGUUUAUUCUUUUGCCUUCAUUAUGUGGGAAGUUGCUACUUGUUCUUUACCUUACAAUGAUCUCCCUCAUAAUAACAAAUUGGCUAAGAAAAUUGUAGAAGGAAAUCGUCCUUGUAUUCCUAAUCAUGUUCCAUCUUUUUAUGCUGAAUUGAUUAGGAUGUGUUGGGAUGCAUUUCCUGAAAAUCGUCCUGGUAUGAGAGAAAUUGCUGGUAUUUUCAAUUAUUGGAGAAACAGUAUAACCAUUUCUGGCACUAAUUACG